CUGGUGCCAGCUGUGUGACUAUAUUGCUGCCGCUAUCAUCUUCUUCCUCUGUAGUCUCCAUCGGGUUAGGGUUUUCACCCCACACUCUUCACUUUCUCUAGAUUUUUUUUAUUUAUUGUUUUAUUUUUGUAAACAAUAGUUCACUAUACGGAAUAUCACGAUUCAUUCAUAGUUUAGUUUCGCCAACUCGUGAAAUCGAAAGAUACCGUCAGAAUCGUGGGAUAUCGAACGAAUUAUUGUUCCUUGUGUUCCUAUAUUGCUGUACUACAACUUGUUAGAAAAAAAAUUCUUUAGUUCAUUUACUGAUUUCUUUCUAAAAUGGGGGAUGCUGAGAAUGCCCCACCACCUUCAAAGAAAAGGGCUGCUGGAAGGGAGCUCACUCGAGAUACUCCUAUUGAUGAUGAGGAAGAUGUCGGUGAGCUUGAGACUGGGACUUUCAAGAGAGCAAAUGAUGAGGUUCUGGCAACCAGAAGAAUAGUCAAAGUUCGUCGCCAACAGACUAGUUCUGCUCCUUCUUCAAACCCUUUUGCUGGGAUACGAUUAGUUGCUCCCACUGAAUCCAGUGCUAACCCUGCUGAAGCUACUAUUGAAGUACAAUCAACUGGUGAGAACACCAUUGCAGAUGAUUCAAAAGGUAGUGAUGAUAUAGCUCAGGUUUCUGUGAAAGCUAAAGAUGGGGAAACUAAGCAGUCAGAGAACAAAACUGAUGAGGUAGUGGAUAAGCCUAUUGCAAAUAAUGAAUCUGCAGAAGAAAGCAAUGCAGAUGGGAAACAUAUUGCAGAAAAUGAAAGUACUGGUGACAAAUCUGAGGUAGAUAAAGAUCAAAUUAAGGAUGUCAAUGAAAGUGAAAAUGAGGAUAAGAAGGAUGCUGCACGUGAGAGUGCCAGUGAGGGAGAUAAAGGACAAACUAAGAAUGACAAUGCUUCUGAAAAUGAUGAUAAGAAAGAAGAAACUGACUAUGGGGAUAAGAAAGAUAACAAAGUAGAAAGUGCAGAACCAAGUGCCGAAGGUGGCCAUUUGAAGUCAUUUCAAAUGCUCUCAAGUAGCCAAAAUGCCUUCAUAGGUCUUGCUGGAACUGGAUUUUCUACUUCUUCAUUUUCCUUUGUGUCCACCUCAAAUGAUGGGUCUGGUUCUAUUUUUGGAACAAAAAAUGAUAAGCCUUUUGGUCUGGGUUUAUCCAACAAUGGAAGUUCUGUUUUUGGGGCAUCUGGGGCCUCUGCUGUUUCUAAGAGUGAGGGAAGUGGGUUUGCAGCAAUGCAGGAGGUUGUGGUUGAAACUGGUGAAGAAAAUGAGAGAGUGAUUUUUAAUUCGGAUUCAGUAUUAUUUGAGUUUGUUGAUGGAAGUUGGAAGGAACGAGGAAAGGGAGAACUGAGGGUGAAUGUUACUAGCGGGACAGAAAAGGCCAGACUUCUGAUGAGGUCAAAGGGAAAUUUAAGAUUGAUUUUGAAUGCUCGAGUUUAUCCUGAUAUGAAGCUCACAAAUAUGGAAAAGAAAGGUGUUACUUUUGCCUGCAUGAAUAGUGCUGCCGAAGGGAAAGGUGGUCUUUCAACAUUUGCCUUGAAGUUCAAGGACGGGUCCAUAGUGGAGGAGUUUAAAGCUGCUGUCAUGGCACACAAGGGGGAGACGUCUACAGUUAUCAAGACCCCAGAAAAUUCUCCAAAGGCUUCUGAUGAUUGAGAGAUAUAUCCCAAAAGUCAGUCCUCUUAGAUGUUCCUUUAAGAUGAAUAGAAAAUUUGCUAUUCCAUAGCUCUUUUGCCGUUGUGUGGCAGUCUAUUAUACUUAACUAGUUUUACUUGUUUGAGUCAUGUCUCCAAAAGAUAAUUGAAUUGAAUUUUGCAUAAAAUCUUUGAUUUAGACUGCACUAGGACAUCCCUAACACUGAAACUUCCAAUAGUGCUGUUAUCUAGCGAACCUGGAAUUUUGUUACAAAUUUCAAAAUCACUUUACUUUAUAGUUGGUAGU